UUCAACUUGUGUCAAACAUAAGGAGACUGAAGGAUCCGGGCAAAGGUGAGAAUUCUAAAAGGGUGCUCUUGUCUGGUGCGAAUCUGCUGUUGCUAUCACAGAAUAACCUUGUUGAGGCUGCAGGAGCAACUUCCAUCUGGCCCAGUGUGACUGAUGACCGAGGAUGGAUUACGCACGUUAUGAGAUUUGCUGCAGACCUAAUUGCCGAUUCUCCAGUUCAGAUGGACAGCCGAAAACGAACGUACAUAACUGAAGCCAUUUCGUUCGUAAGAGAUGUGGGACACUGCUGUCACUUGUCUUCAAUAUUGUAUCAAGCAAUAUGCCCAGCUGGACCUCUGCUAAUCAGCUUAACAACGAUAUGA